AUGGGAAACAGAAAAAUAAAUGGAUGUUUCCUGAAAUCUUCAUCUGGUAAACAUAAGAAAAGAAAAGCAACAUCUUCCAUUCACUGUUAAUUUUACAAAAUGUUACUGGAAGAAGGUCUGUGACCUUUUUGAACCUUUCAGGAGGAGACCGGUCCGAUCUGAUAGCAGAUCACUCGCAGGCAUCAAAUAGCUUGGAGUCAUAUGCAAAUAGACUGCUGGAAAGCUCAGAGUGCAGGUUGUACGUUCUGCUGAUAUUAGUUUUAACUCGGAAGAAAAACAUUGGAGAGGCUUUCUAUGAACAUAGUCAUGCAAAACUUCCUCUGUGUCCCAUGAUGGCCUGGGAGAUAAAACGUUUAGAUGAAACAUCUGAUGAGCUGGCUCUACUUUAGAAUGANUCUGACAACAUUUCAGACCUAAAAUCUGUUUCCUUUUUUGGUUCUGUUGCCUGGUGAAGCUAUUUUAAACCCAAGCUUGUUUGUCCAGUUGUCUUAUUUGCAUUACUGAGCAGAUCUGAGACUUUUCCUGACACAGUCCCAUUCAGGAUCGGACUCUGUGGUGCCAGGAUGAACUCCACGCUCAUGCAGAGCUCCUGCAGCUCCAACUCCUCAGUGGAGCAGCACAUGUACCCCACCGUCUACUCUUUAUUCUUUAUCGUGGGGUUUCCAGCCAACUGCCUGUCUCUGUUCGUAGCCUGGAAGCUGGCGCUGCAGGGGAACAGCAUGGCGGUCUACCUGGUCAGCCUGUGUGUUUCGGACCUGCUCUACACGGUCACUCUGCCCGUUUGGAUCGGGAUGGCGCAGCGCUGGAACAUCUCUGAUCAACUGUGCGGUGUGAUGUAUCUGAUCAUGUACAACAGCUUCUACGUGGGCUCGGGUCUGCUCUGCUGCAUCUCUGUGGACCGCUACCUGGCCGUGGUCUACCCGCUCCACUUCCACUGGGUCAGAGAGGUCAGGGCCGCAGCUCUGCUGAGCGCUGCCGUCUGGCUCCUGGAGAUUUUUCUUCACAUUCUCCUGCUUCACCAUAUGGGGGCGCUGCAGUCAUUCAACUUGUGCCACCAGCCGAUGCCCCUGACACAGAAGGACGCUGACGUUGCCCUGGUUCGGGUGGUGCUCGGCUUCCUGUUUCCUCUGGUUGUCAUGACGCUGUGCUUCCAGCAGAUCAUGCAGUCGCUCAGACGGAGCCGCUCCAUCCUGGAGGAAGAGCGGCGGAAAGUCGGGUUGCUGCUGCUGCUGCUGCUGAUCACCUACGUCGCCUCCUUCGUGCCCUACCAGAUGGUCAUGUUCCUGCGGGUCGUCCUGGAGCCGGGGGCCUGCGGCUGGGCCCGCCGCCUCAGAGACCCGUACCUGGUCACGGUCGCCAUGACGACCCUGAACAGCACUCUGGAUCCCAUCAUCUACUGUUUAAUUAAUGAGAGCGCCAAGAGAGAGAUUGGGAGAGUGAUGAACAGAGGGAGGAGAAGUUUCAUCAAAACAGCGACACGGAUCCAAGCAGUUUCCUGAAAUCCUCUUUUAACCUGCAUCCAUAUUUAGUUUUAUCUCAAAUUAUCAUGUACAAAAUUAUUUAACUUAGCAAAUAUAAGCAAUGUUUUUUAAUUCCACUGUAAAUGCUCGAUACGUGGACUGACGUC